AUGGGCUCGGAGCCGGAUGCCUCCACCCCGCCACGACCCGAAGCUGCCCCCCAGGAGGAGGCCACCAAGGCCGCUGCUGCUAUGGAGGCAGCGGCCGCAGCUUCAGGUGACGAGGCCGGGCCCUCACCAGCCGAGCCGGCGGCUGAGGGGGCCGCUGCCACGGCGGAGGCUGCAGCGCCGGAGGCAGCAGAGGUGGCGGCACCGGAGGUAGCGGAAGAGGCGGAGGAGGCGGCACCAGGGGUCGCCGAAGUUGGCAGCAGCGUCUCCCCACCGGCAGAGGAGGAGGAACCGGAGGUUCGCCUGGGUAACCGCAUCAACUCCGUCUCUGCCCGCUACGCCGAGGAGCGCGCCAAGCUCAUGCAUGGGCGCGAGCUUCUGCAGGAGGAGCUGGAGCAAGCUCGCGUCCGAGAGGCGGCGGCGCUCCAGCGGGAGAAGGUGGCCAGGCGGCGGGAAACGGAAGCCCUUGAGGGGCUGAUCGCCGUGGAGGAGAUGAAGGUGGCGUUAGUAGACAGGGAGCGGGUCGCCCAGGAGCUGGCGGCCCAGGCCAGGAAGGCGCCAGCAGCGGUCGAGGCGGAAAAGGCCGCCCUCGCAGAUUUGGCGGCGGCGGCAGCAAAGAAAGAAGAAUGGCUGGCCGCCCGUGAAGCAGAGGAGGGGACCUAA